CCUUCCGCGAGCAUCAAAAACUAGACUAUCUUUCGAUUUCAGUCACUGUAGACGGGAGAUGGCGCCGAUUCCUAGGACUGAGGGCCGGAUCCAGCUAGACUGCCCUCUGCGGCCCGGCUGCCCGCUAGGGGUCGCUGAUGUCCCCAGACUCUGCAAGGAGUUCGGGCCUGAGGACUACGGCGAAGAGGACAUAGUGGAUUUUCUUCAUCGGCUUGUGGAGAGUGACCCCCAGGGCCUGCACCGGAUCCAAGUGGAUGGGAGCAGCGGGCGGCUGCAGCUGUGGCACCAUGAUUAUCUCCUGGGCCAUUUCUGUGAUGAGGGGAAAAGGAGUGGACAGAGUGACAGGGGCAAGGGGGCUGAGGGACUGGGUACCUACUGUGGUUUCCGAAAGUCCUUCCUGUGCCCUUCCCAAGGAUCUGAGCCCUGCCCUCCAAGCCCCUCUGCCUCUAAAUCCUUCCCCAGUGACUCAGCCAGUGUGCUUCAGGUGACCAUGCCACAGAAGCUCCUGCUGACUGAAGAGGAAGCCAACCACCUGGCUGAGGAGCUGGUGGCUGAGGAGGAGCGUAUGAAACAGAAAGCUGAGAAGAAAAGACUCAAGAAGAAGCGUCAAAAAGAUCGAAAGCGACAGGAGCGCUUAGAGCAGAAUGGUGGGGAGCCCAAGGCCAAGGCCAGCGCAGAUGGGGAUGACAGCCCCCCAUCCAGUCCUGGGGCUCCAGCUCAGGGACAGAGUGGUGAGGAGGAGGACUUACUGGAUCUGUCUAGCACCUUUGUGUCUCUGGCUUUGCGCAAAGUUGGGGACUGGCCCCCUAGUACCUACCGAGAAAAGGGAUUGAGCCAGGAGCCCCCAAACAGGAGCCCAGUUCCCCAGAAGAUAAGCCAGGAAAAAAGAAGGUGUCCAAGAAAAGAAAACCCCAAGCAGAGUCCUGAGGAAGAGGCACCCCCAGGACUGCAGGCAGUUGCCUUACAGCAGAGCCAGGAGCUGGCAAAGUUAGGUACCAGCUUUGCCCAAAAAGGCUUCUACCAUAAAGCCGUGGUCCUCUUCACCCAGGCCUUGAAGCUUAAUCCCCAAGACCACCGGUUGUUUGGAAAUCGUUCUUUCUGCCAUGAGCGUCUGGGUCAACCAGCGUGGGCCCUGGCUGAUGCCCAAGUGGCCCUUACCCUGCGGCCUGGCUGGCCCCGGGGCCUCUUCCGUCUCGGCAAAGCCUUGAUGGGACUGCAGCGUUUCGAGGAGGCAGCUGCUGUCUUCCAGGAGACUCUGAAAGGUGGGUCCCAGCCUGAUGCAGCGCGGGAGCUCCACUCUUGCUUUCUGCACCUUGCUCUGGGGGGUAGGGGUUCAGGGUGUGGAAGAGGAGCAGGCUGCACUGCUAGACAGGAGUAUCACCUGCCUUUCCUCGCUUCUCAGCAGGCUCAGCAAGGAGGAAUUCGUGGGCCACCUCUGUCAACACGGUUUCUCCAGCCAUUUCCCCAUGCAGAACCCAGGGCCCCAGGCCUCUUCACCCUCAGGCACCCUCAAAGCACUGCUCCAAGGGCUCCUGGCCUUUUGCCUCCACCCUUGCAUCUUCCCCCACGUUAUCUAAGCCACUAUAACUCGUGCCCCCCUCAGACCCAGAGUAGAAGACACCAUUCUCUCCUACUCCAAGACCCCUCAAGGGACAGGGGCAUCCUGGGUCUUAGGCCCCAGUAUCUACCUCAGGCCAGAUGAGGGAGGACCUGUCCCUCAUAGGGCAAGGCCAUAUGUGCAUCUCACAGGGAUGAGAGGCACUGAGUAAUGCAGGUCACUGCAUAUGUGGAACCCUUGGACUCAAACCAUAGUCAUUUCUCUCAGACCUUGGGAUCUGGGCCACUGAAACAGCUUCCUUCGGGUCUCAAGCAGAUGGUCUCUUCUGGGGCAGUAAGGGAAAAUGGGAUCUACCAAUGCUCAAGAAGGGAACCACAUAAAAGUUCAGGUUUUCAGGCUGUGAUAGACCCCGCAGGGAAGAUUUGGGGUUUGCUCUACCUCCUGAUCCUUGGGAAAACUCAUUCUCCAUCCAUAAUUCUGGGUCCAGGAAUCGAGUCACAGUGAUAAAUAAGUCCUGUUCUUCACCUCGAUGAAGCCCCACCUCUUCGUAACUCUAGGUCUUGCCCUAUUUUGUCAAGCUCUAGCCUGUCAUGCCGUUUCCUGCCUCAUCUCUGUGCAUAUGCUGGCCUCCCCUUUUCCCAGUGGGCUGACACGCACCUCCUCCCACUACUAGAAGAUUGACCAAGGCUUUGCAUUUGGGAAGUGCCUUGCCAGCUGCUGCCUGAAGCUAGCAGAUCCCCUGCAUACCCAGGCUCCUGCACUGCUGGCUCACCCUGUGAUGGGGCUUCAAGGGGCCCAGGCUGCUGUCUCUGUGACUGCACUCCCCACUCUGACACUGAAUGUUAUAAGUAGCCUCUCCCCAUCUAUUUACUCUGUUUUUCCACCCAUAACCACUGCUUCCAGAAAAGGCUUCAGUUCUCUACUUCCUCCAUAAGACUCAUGGUCUCCUUUUGAUUUUUCCUCUAAGACCCUAGAAGCUGCCCCUGGCUGCUCCUUCCCUACCCCUCCCUGGGACUUUUAGCUCAUUUAAAAGUAGAUCUUCAGGGAACAUUUGGGCUUCCUGGAAUGUCUUUCCCAAAGGAACCAUUCAUCCGGAUAAAUGAGUCUUACCAUCCUAUGGGUCCUGCUUGACACUAGUCAAUCUGGAUAUAGGAGGGGUUGAAGUACAUACCUCCUUUGGGGCUUCCCCACAUUAUCCUCAUUGUUUAUAGUGAAAGCCCUUUAGAUACUAGACAGCAUACGAAGCCUGCCAUUAUGAGUUGGGUCAUCUUGGACGGGUCUUUCAACAUCUGUGCCUCAGUCCUCUUCUCUAUAAAAUGGGGGCUGUAGUGAGAGCUGAAAGAGUACCAGAAAAUCUCUACCAAAUGUCUAAAAUGUUG